ACUGUAAUUCUAUCUGUUUAAUAGUUGUAUCCUAGACGUCCAAAUAUAGAUCAUUUCCCACCAAACGCUGAGCUAUGGUUCUGUACCAGAGAACGUAUUUUAUCGAUUGAAUGUCUUUUUCCGCUUUUGGCAUUCAGACCGUAUGUAAUGUGUCUUCGCAGCGGAGCCUAAUUAUUGAUGACAGGAGUGGAGAGGUUGGGUCAUUUCCUGAUGCCUAACCGGGCACGGUUAUGGCAAGAUUUUUUUUUUCUAAAUGUAGGUAUAUGUAGGGAUAUAGUAAAUUUUGAAAUCGAAUAAAGAGCACUGACGAUCGGUUUUCAACAAAGAAGUUACCAGAGAAAGUUCAAGAAAAGUACACAAAAGGACUGCCUAAGCAACAGCUGUUUUGAUUUGGUGCCUUCAUAAAAGUUCAAGACUCGCAGAGAUGGAGGACAAAGAAAGAGGGUGUUGCCUCAACGACUCCAGGGCCAAAACAUUGGCCACGUGGAGUUUUAUCAGUGUCUGAAAGAGGACGAAUACUUUUAAUGAUCAUUUCAUUCGUAGCUUGCUAGAGCAGAGUGAUGGCACAUAAUGUCCCUGGAGACAGAUAAAAAAUGCUUUCAUGUUCCCAACGAACAAAGGACAUCCUGUGUGUUUCAGGCUAUUGAGGAGAAAGAGGAAAUCCCUGGGAUGGGAGAAGACAGCGUUCUGGAAAUGCUGAGCUACUCCAAAUUCACAGACCUGGAGACGUGGUUGUGUAUGCCUUCUACACUGUUACCGAGGAGCUUGGAAGCGACCCGCGUGACUUCUCCACCUUUGACGCACACUGGGACAGCAGAUGUGGAAAGGAAGUCCAGAUGUCUGGAUGGAGAAGCCGUAUUCCUGUCUACGUCCGCACAGUCUCUGUCCCCUGUCUUGGUCGCCUCCUCUACUCCUCGCUCAGCACACACUCCACGGGGCUCCAGCCAGGGAGCAGUGAGCGUGCGGAAGCGACGCCGUGUGGCUGCCAGUCCGGGUGGACUUCACUGGAACUCCUCAGGAUCACUACAGCGGGACUAUGACACAGCUGAAACCCUGCCCGUACCUGGGCCCAAGCGAAGCUCGAAAAGCAACACGGGCCACCGCGCCGUCCCCCUGGGAGAGUCUCAGAAAGCAGCCCUGAAGAAGAGCAUCUCCGUGGAUGACCGCCUGUUACAGCAGCAGGAAAGAGAGAGACACAACCUGCUGACUCGCUUGGAAAGAGGCAAGAUCAAGCUGAGGAACUUACAUAGUCUUGGAUCAACUGGCCGAUACGAAACACGAAAAAAGUCAGAGAGCAGAAUCAGUCGUCUGACUCAGAAACUCAGUCAGAAGCAGAAUGAUGUGCUGAUCAAGGACUUCAGACCGUUCUUUCUUGUUGCCCCCCCCGGUACCUCCCAGAGCCUGGACAGGAACUUGUCUGCCAGCAUGACACAACAGAUGCAGAACCUACACCUGUCCCACAACAAGAAGAGUGGUGCCCCGGCCUCCCCCAGUGCAGCUAAGCGCCUCUACCGCAACCUGUCUGAGAAGCUCAAAGGAAGCCACUCCUCCUUCGAUGAGGCCUACUCCUUCGGCCGGCCCGAUCGCCUGCGAAAACCCUCUGCUAUGCAGAGCAGUGAAGCAUUGUUUGAGGCUGUGGAGCAGCAGGAUCUAGACGCGGUGCAGCUCCUGCUGUAUCAGUAUACCUCCGAUGAGCUGGACCUCAACACCCCCAACAGUGAGGGCCUCACUCCUCUGGAUAUUGCGAUAAUGACAAACAAUGUACCCGUGGCCAGGCUGCUGCUGAAGGCCGGAGGCAAGGAGAGUCCACACUUUGUCAGUCUGGAAAGUCGGAUCUUGCACCUCUCCACGCUGGUCCAGGAGGCUCAGAGGCGUGUCAGUGAACUGUCAGCGCAGUCCCUGAGUGACGGACUGGACAGCUCUGACAGGGAAAAGCAGCUAAAAGUUUGGGAGUGGCGAUACAAGCUGUACAAACGCAUGAAGACUGGCAUCGAGCAUGCAAAGAUCCCAGAGGCACCGGCCAACGUGCGUCUGAGUGUGACGAGCAGCACAUCAGUCACUGUCACCUACCAGGAGCCGCUCAGCAUCAAUUCAGCAGUGGUCACCAAAUACAGGGUAGAGUGGAGCUGCUUGAAGGACUUCUCUUUGCUGGCCGGGGAAAUGAUCCUGGAUAAUCUGCAGUCUCAGAGGUGCACAAUCUCAGGGCUCACUACGGGAAGGACUUAUUAUGUUCAAGUCUCUGCCUAUAAUAUGAAGGGCUGGAGUCCAGCACAACCAUCUCUGCCUCCUUCAGCUGCCCCGUCCAACUGGAGAGAUUGUGAGGGGCGCGAGCCAAAGUACCGGGGCCACAUCGAAGCCAUGGAGCGGUUGCUGCAGCAGGUUCGAGCCACACACCAGCAUUACAGCGCCGGAGAUACAUCGAAGCUUCAGAACCCCAGCCGGAAGCAGUCUGUAUCCCGAAGCCUUAAACACCUUUUCCAUUCUUCAAACAAAUUUGUAAAGACAUUGAAAAGGGGUCUCUAUGUGGCAGCAGUGUUCUAUCACAAGGACAGUCUUCUGGUGACCAACGAGGACCAGAUCCCCAUCGUGGAGAUCGAUGACUCCUACAGCAGCUCCUUCAUGCAGGACUUUCUGUGGUUCGCUAAGCUCUCCUGCAUGUGGGAGGACGUGCGGUGGCUGAGACAGAGCAUGUCCGUCUCCAUGUCCUCCUCGUCCACGCUGCAGGCCCGCCAGAAGAUGCUGGCUGCUGCUGGCCAGCUCCAGAAUCUCCUAGGCACGCACAACCUGGGCCGUGUCUACUACGAGCCCAUCAAAGAUAGGCACGGGAACGUCCUCCUGGUGACCAUCAGAGAGGUGGAGAGCCUCUACUUCUUCAAUGGAAAAUGGAUGCAGGUGUCCAAGCUGCAGAGUCAGAGGAAGUCGCUCUCCACUCCGGAAGAGCCCACGGCGCUUGACAUCCUGCUCAUCACCAUUCAGGAUAUUUUGGCCUACCAGAGACGCAGUCAGCACCGGCUCUCGUCUGGGCUCUACUUGGGUUUCCUGAAGUUGAGCAGUUCUGUGGACCAGAUCAAGGUGCUGGUUCCUCAAAGGGUGCCCAACAUGCUGUGCCACUACAAGAUCAGGGACAACUGGAAUGUCUCACGGGAUGAGUGGGACUGGCUGCAGAGGUUGUCUGGCCCAGCGCAUGUGGAAAGCGUGGAUCAGACCAGCGACUGCCCCAACCCGCUCUUCCUCCACGAGCUCCAGAUGGCCGUGAAAGGCUUGCUCAAACAGAUCAAUCUACCUCUGCACCAGGCCAAGCACUUCCGUCUCUACACACAGGAGGUGCUGGAGCUGGGUCACAAUGUGUCCUUUCUUCUUCUGCUACCCGCCUCAGACGACGUCUGCACUGCCCCGGGACAGACUAAUCCUUACACCCUGCACUCGGGGUUCCUCAACCUCCCUCUUCAAAUGUUUGAGCUAGUUCACUUUUGCACUUACAAGGAGAAGUUUAUCAGUCUGUACUGUCGCCUGUCCUCCGUGCUGGACCUCGACGCACUCAUUACUCAGCAGGCCGUACGAGAAGCCAUCUCAGACACAGAAAUUGCAACUGCCAAGCAGAGGCAGCAGCAUAUUCUGGAUUUCAUACAGCAGAUGGACGAGAUGUGGAGGGACAUGCGCUGGAUCACAGAGGCCUUGCAGUACGCCCGCUAUAAGCAGCCCCUUGGUGGAGUUCCCAUUACCUGGCUGGUGGACCCUGCCAUCGAGCCCACCAUGCAGAAGAAUGACUCCACCUCCUCAAACAUGGACUACCUCCCCACCCCCUCCCCCUCACCAGAGAUGCGCAGACGAAAGGGUGUGAAUGACUCCCAGCCUGGUUCAGAUGAAGAGGGAUGUUCUGAGGUGUUCCUCCCCACGGACAGCGACUACGACUCCAGCGAUGCUCUAAGUCCGCGGGAUCUGGACCUGGUGUACUCCUCCUCGCAAGAUAUAUCCCAGCAGGCCGUGUAUGCCCUGAGUGGCAGUGCCCCUGAUGUCCUGCAGGUGCAUGACGUGAAGUACAGCGUUUACCGGAAGGACUCGGAGGCCGAAUCCUGCACCAGGAAUAUGGAGAGUUUGAUGCUGACAGGUUAUUCCACCAAGCCCGCUAACCAGGUGUCCUGCAGCAAGACUCCACCGAAUCCUCCUGCCAGGAGGAAGAUGCUAGCCAAGGCGCAGACCCAGCAGAGCAAUGCUGGAGUGCCACAGCGCUGGCUGCGGGUCCAGAGCGAGAGCCUGGGUACCUCGCUGUCAGAAGGCAUCUACACACAGCAGCACGACGCCGACCUGCCCCUGGAAUCCACUUCCACCUCCUCCGUUGGCUUUUUCACAGACCUGCUGCAGGGCUCCGUCUCAUCUCACGCUACCUACAGCUUAGAAGGCUUGAAGGGCAUGAGAAGGGAGUCCAGGCAGAAUGUACGCCGGAUCUACGUGGAGCCCUGCAAGCAGACCUCGCCCGGUGCAGAUCCUCGAGGCUGGACCCUGGAUAUUGGUGGGUGUAGUGCCACCCCCACUGCAUUCGAAACUAGUGUGGCUCAAGACACUGACUCAGAUGACCAAACCAACGCCCAAGUGUCUGAGAUACUUAGUAGCACACUUUAGAAACAGGCAGCAGGAUGACCCAACAGACAACGCGGCAUUCUCAUAGUCACCCAUUUUUCACCACUGCCUCUUUCCACGAUAGCACGUGAAUGAGACACAUAGCUGAAUGAAGUUCACUUUUUAAGUAAACGUAUACAGAACAUAAUUGGAUAUAGAAUCCUUACAAUAGAAUGUAUAAAGACUGAUGUUGCUGGUCAACUAUUUUAAAAAUGUAAAAUCUAUGGCUUUGACUGUUAAAACAAUAAUAAUCAAUGCAGCCUGAUCUGACGCACUGCUCUUACUUUCAGACUUGAAUAUCUGCCUCCAUUUGAGGCUGUAACACCAAUAGGUAACUGAACAAUAGAUUAGAUAAAAUGUGAUCUUUCUGUGAAUUGGCAUGUUGCGGUUAAUUCAGAGUGAUAAUAACAUGCCAAACAAGCAGGUCUUUGCAUCCUUUUUAGCACACACACACACACACACACACACACACACACACACACACACACACACACACACAUAUAUAUAUAUAUAUAUAUAUAUAUAUAUAUAUAUGCGCUCUUUGUAACACGUUACAGCGUUACAUUGAUGAUGCCACUUACCAAAUGAUACAAUUGGUCACUUGUUUCUUACCGUUCAGCCCCUUACGCAGCCGGAUAUACACCGAAGCAGUGCUUUGGGAUUCAAACACACCACCCUCUGGCCACGAAUGAGCCCCUUAGCUAUAAUUUCCAAAACGAAUGGAAGAGACAUUGUCUGCUCUUGCCAGUGAAGACGGUGCUCGUUGGUUGUCAGAAAGCAGGUAGUUUGAGUGAAAGCAGAAAGAAAAAGACGAACUCCACAAUGCCAUUAUGGUUCCUUAGAGGGAACUGGUGUUUACAGCCUCACUUGGCUCUAACUCUGCUCACCCAAGACUGUUUUUGCAAUCAACAUUCCACUUGGGUCAGCGCUCCUUGCUCCCAUAACGUCCAUUCAGAUUCGUCCCGCAUAGUGAUAUUUACACCAAAUCAGCUGAUUUAUAUUGAUCCAGUCAGAUCUCGUGUUACUUUAAAUGUUAGUGUUCUGCAUCGGGAAAAAAAAAGAAAUGUGUUAUGAGCAUGAGGUCGUUUUGUGCUGCGUGUAUCUUGGUACUCGGCUGUACCAUUAUGAAGUUUUAAGGAAGUGCACUGAGCAGGGUUAAACCGUUUACGAAGGGACAAGUGGACAGUGGUAUCAGCCUUCGAACUGCGCAGCUGUUGCCGAUUGCUGUUCUUCAAGCCAUUGUAGGUGUUUGUAGUGUGCAAGUCCUUAUAUGUUGAACUGUACGUGUGUUUUGAAAUUCCCUGCCGAUGUCCUCUUAUUCACGAACACGCCCAGGAUUUAAUGUGGCUUUUCUAUAUUCUUCCAUCGUUGUGCAUUUUGUUAUGGACCAAACACUCCACUGGUGUUAUUUCAAAACUAGGGUUUUCAUUCCCCCAACAUAAAACUCAGCAUCCCAACCUGCCAGUGCUACUUCCUUGUCACCAGCAUGGGCAUUAUAGUGACAAGAGAAAUGUGUGAAUAUAUUUUGGUCUUUUACCACUACAAUGUUACUGUUUUCAUGCUUUCUGGAAUAUAUAUAUAUAUAUAUAUAUACUAUCUGUUACAAAUCUGGCAGCUUUGAAAAUAUUCUAGUGAUGAUGGCAAAUUUGCCUGUUGGUCCCUUGCAAUGUUAUUAUGAAUUGUUAAUGCUGCAGUGUAUGUAAAAAUCGCAGGUCUUUGCACAAUGUGCUUCUGUUUUGUUAUUGUAUUACCCAAAGUAAAUAAUAGUGUACCUUCCAUCAGCAUAUUUAUAUAGUAUCUUGAAUUAUAUUUUAUUCACAAAAUGCAUAUUCCAUUUGCACUACUGUAACUGUUUUGUGAAUUUUGAGGAAUUUUGUAUAAAUUAGACUUUUUUUAAGAAGUUCACAAAAUUAUAUUUAAUCACAUUAUGCAUUGCAGAUUCCUCGGUCAUUAAGUUUGUGUUCAUUGAUAGCUCUGUUUCCUCAGGAAAAAAAAUGUGUAACUUCUUGAAAUGAUAUUUAAUAUAGUGUAUUUUAUUUUUAUAUCUAUGUAUGUAUUCCCCUUGGGCCACCAAAUCUAGAUAUAUGACUGUACAGGUCUUUUCCUUCCUCCCCAUAGCAUUUUUGCUGAAAACUGCUCUAGGAGACAGUGUUACACACGGUCCGCCGUAACACCUGAAAGUUGCUUUAUUUUGGAGCAGCAUUUUCACCUGUGUUGCAGCGUUUUAAAUUAUAAAGAUAUCUGUCACACACCCUGCUGCUUUCCCUGCCCUCUGCCACGCCUCCAUUAAAAAAAAAGUUGAUUGUUUCAAA